GGACGGGGACUCGAACUGGGGGAGCAGCUCGUGCGCUACGUGCAACGCCGUAUCCAGUGCUGGAAGAGACACGCGGAGCCACGGGUUGGGCUCGAUCGCGGAGGAGGGAAGAGGUCGGAAGCCGCCCAGUUACAUUCAUAAGUCCGCGCGCGCGCUGCGUGUGUGCGAUGGAGCGUGCGGCUCCGCGCGGCUCUCAGUGAGGGAGGCGACCCGCACCGACCCGCACCGACCCGCACCUCUCCUUCGUUCGUGUCUGCGAUCAAAUCUCGCUGCGAGAGAGUGCGAGCGAUCACUGACCGGACCCGUCGUCGCCGGAGCGGAAACACAGAGACGGCGCCGAAUAUCUAUGAUCUCCGACUCUCAUCGGUACAGUUUCAGGAUGCCAAACAUAGGAUUCCAGAACCUUCCCCUGAACAUCUACAUCGUGGUGUUUGGAACAGCCAUCUUCGUCUUCAUCCUCAGCCUUCUCUUCUGCUGCUACCUGAUAAGGCUACGGCACCAAGCCCACAAGGAGCUGUACGCCUACAAACAGGUCAUACAGAAGGAGAAAGUCAAAGAACUAAAUUUACAUGAGAUAUGCGCUGUGUGUUUGGAAGAGUUCAAGCAGAAGGAUGAGCUGGGGAUCUGUCCGUGCAAACACGCCUUUCAUAGGAAGUGCCUCAUCAAGUGGCUAGAGGUUCGGAAAGUGUGCCCCCUCUGCAACAUGCCAGUUUUACAGCUGGCUCAGCAGCAAGGCCCAUCUGAGGGUCAAGGGCCCACACAGCAGCCCCUGCCUGGUGUAGAGAACCUGGUCUAGCGCCUCCUACUGGUACGGUCUCACCUAACCCCAGUCACACACCCGAAGAGGUACGCUCGUCCGUGGCGACGACAGGAGAACUGUUACCGUGCAGCAGUCCCCCAACCACGAAUCGGCCGCCUGCUUUUCUUUUUCGCCCUCUUCCCUGCCUCUACGUUGGUGGAACUGUGACGUUUUUUGUGCACAGUGAAGAAUUAUUUCGGUUCUCUCCGCGGCAACGCAUCGGACAUUCGGACUGUUUGACAACCAAAGCACUUUUUUGGGGACACCAGCACAAGGAAAGAUACAAACAACAACAGCAACAAUAACAGCAGCGUUCGAUAGGAAUGACUGCAUUGCAAGGAUUUUUUUUCUUUUUUUUUUAACAAGCACUUUAUAAGAACACUAAUCUCUUCCGAACAUGGUAGCAAGGUCAUAUUUUUCUACUUUAUUAUCAUUUUAUUUUUUAUUUCGGUGCCACAUGUACAGAGCCUCGUCCAUUUUAUUUUUGUUACAAGGGACAAAAUGUAAAAGGGACAAGCCGUUGGGCAGAGCAAAGAUGCAAACUUCGAAACUUGUCAUUGCUGGAAAAUUAGUCAUUUUUUGGCCCGUGAUUUUUGGAUGCAAAGGCAACCGCCUGGUUCCCUCUGUGGGGCUGUCAGGUCUUGGUCAAGGAAGGUGAUGGUGUCCCAUCCGACUUCGUCCGUUUUCCGGACCCAGUGCCUUUCCUUAGCGCAUUGUCCGAGAGUCUCGCGUGCUCCAGCCUGCUCCCGCUCCCUAGUAGUGAGAGGUCAUCAUCGAAUGUGGUAACAUUCAACUAAGCGGAUGUUUUCGGAUCUCAGACAAACGUCACUUAAAUAUUCGGGUGGUGAAAGGGGGCGUCUGUCAGGCGCAGACGGCCACUAGAAAGCAGGAACCCCCGUCGCACUUUGACUUCAGAUGCUGGCUGGGGUAAAGCGACCAGCCAGGCUAUAAAUGACCCACCGGAGGAUGAGGAUGGUUCCACAGUUUUAGUGGGACACUGCGGUGAAAAGCACUGGGAAAGGGUCUUACUCCUGCGUCAUACUUGCAGGCUAUGGCCUCGGUACUCCGAUACGGCUCGGGUCCCACAGAACCAAGACCUUUUAACUGCAGUGCACACAGCUGGCAGAUUAUGUGUCAAAUUUUCCCCAGUCAGUAAAGCUGCUGUGGGCACAGAACGACUGUAGUCCAAGUACCUGACUAGGAGCCUCCGGCCCGGUCGUCACGUCGAGGUGCGACGCUAUGCAAGGUCACAAAUGGGUAUUUGCACGUUCGUGUGGAACAAACGUAGCGUGUUCAUCUCUUGUCAGAGACUGGUGCAAGUUCGCUUCCAGCACCGUGAGUCAGCCUGCUUUGUGGAAGACCAGGCUUUGUGAGCAGAUCCUGCCCCCGCAGCCAGAGAUGUAGUCUGUAGAUGUAGAAGGAAAAACAUCUCCACCAUUCGCCAGUGACCACUCAACUGGUUAUACCGGUUCGCUGAAGGACUCCUCUUUCUCCUGGUCUUCUGGGCAGCUUUUCUUAGCCCCCCCGCAGUUGCUCACCGAGAGAAUGGAGGCCUUAUUCUACAUUUAUUCAUUCUAGCGCUUCCCCCCUACUCUCUCGCCACACGAGGGCUUUCCAUUCCCGUCCGCUCCCAUUUCUUUUAUGCAGCCCCUUCUUUUAUGGCAGCCUCGUGCACUCGGGCUUCAUGGGAAUUCCGCUGCACAAUGGGUUUGAAAGCGAGCAAAGCGGAGAGGGGGAGACUAGGCCGGUGGAUGGACACACAUCCUCAGAGCACACUCUCAUCAGCCACCGGGACAUUCAGAGGCGAGCGGGGGACCCACAGGUAGCCUGGGGAGGGUGGGCUGUGGCCCCACCUUGCUGUUUACAGGGGCUUCAAAAGCCUGGUCAACCCAAGCAGAUCCAUCACUGCCAGUGUUGUUUACCCCCCAGGUGGCAGGACUGGGUGGGGUGAGAAAAAUGCCUUCAUAUCAAGAGCCCCUCAAAGACUCAAUAGUUUGCUCACCUUCUAGGGACUGCACUGUGUAACAGGAGGGACCGGGGUGCUUCAGCUCCUCUGUCUUACCCUGGGUUUUCUGUGAGUAUUAACUUGAUCGAACUCGUUAUCGAUUUAUUCUUCACUGACGGUCACAAAGGGCACUGGAACUAGUCAUUCUGGGAACUAGAAAUAACGGAACAGUCUCACGGCCCGGAACCAGAACACAGUAUUAGAUGGCAGGAGUAUGUUUUUUUUUUUUUUUUUUUAAAAUCUGUCUCUGUGCGGUUAAGGUACAAGUCGUGUUUCGGCAGGCGCUUUAUACGUUCAUGCAUAUGUGUGUCGUGCGGAGUCAUCGCUGUGGACGACCGCGCACGGUGUGUCUCACAGCUCACUUGGGGUUAAAAUCCCCAAAGUUGUCCUCACAUGUCCUCAGAUACAGCUGGGACCAGCAGUCUGUUCACAACUCAAUUUGUUCGUAACUCCAAAAUCACUUUAGCCACGAAUGCAGACGCCACCCUGAAUUAUUUACCGCUUAGGUGCUCAAAUCUUGGCUCUAGUUAUAAUAAAAAUACUUAUGACUAAUUUUUUUAUUAGCUUUCACUGACAUUAAAUUGACCAAUUUGAAAUUACGGGGGAAAAAAAAUAAUACUUGAGAUGAAAUGCUAGACACAAGCUGUAAACACUGUGGAAGCGAGGUGAACUCAUCUAGCCCUGUACUUCUACAACGUUUGGGCAAGUUUUACUGACAUUCGGUACGUGGACACGUCACGUUCGCAAACAAUACAUUUAAGAAAAAAGACCAGUGUAGAAAAUUCAAUUAAAAUGCAGUAGAAAACGUCGCAUGUUAGAAAUUUCAUAACUCAAACGUUCGUAACACGAGGAGCCGGCGUAAUCGGAUAUGGCGGUGACUCGUUCACUGUCACACUAAA